GAAUUGUAAUCUUUUAUAAACAAUAGUUGUGUUGUGUUGUGUUAUUUUUUGAUGUUUAUUUCUUAAAACACUUUAAACUUUGGUAACAUUUACAUUUCUAAAUAUAAAUUCAAUAAUGAGUUCUACAGUGUACGCAGUUGGUGUUGGUAUGACGGAGUUUGUGAAGCCAAACUCAUCUAAAGAUUAUCCGGAAUUCGGUAAGGAGGCUGUAGAGAGGGCGUUAGCGGACGCUGGGAUCACCUAUGACGUGAUCGAGCAGGCUGUCUGUGGGUACGUGUAUGGGGACUCUACGUGCGGACAGCGAGUGCUGUACCAGGUUGGCAUGACUGGCAUACCGGUGCACAAUAUUAACAACCACGGCGCCACCGGUGGCACCGCGCUACACUUCGCCCACCGCUUGGUGCAAGCCGGUGCACAAGUUGUACUCGCUCUAGGCUUCGAAAAAAUGACCCCCGGCGCAUUGCCUGCUACCGCCUACCCCGACAGAACAUACCCCGCCGACAUACUCAUAAAGAAAAUGCUUCAAAUAGUGAAAUUAGAAAAAGCACCAAUGGCAGCCCAAUGUUUUGGAAACGCUGCGAAAGAACAUAUGGAAAAAUACGGCACCACGGAGACGCAGUUCGCUAAAAUCGCUGUCAAAAAUCAUAAAAACGGCUCCGCGAAUCCUUACGCGCUCAACAAAAACGUAUAUACGCUGCAAGAGAUAUUAGAUUCUAAGAGGAUAUUUGGCCCUUUGACUAAAUUGCAGUGUUGUGCGAACUGCGACGGGGCCGCGGCUGUCGUCCUUAUGUCGGAGCAAGCGGUGAUUCGAUAUAAUUUAGUUUCGAAAGCAGUUGAGAUCGCCGGCAUCGAGAUGGCAACUGACACGAGCGCCGUGUUCACGGACACGACCCGGCUGAGAGUCGCGGGCUACGAUAUGACGUCACUGGCCGCAGACAAGGUGUACAAAAAAACUGGGGUCUCUCCAAGCGAGAUCGAUGUUGUGGAAUUGCAUGAUUGCUUCUCAAGCAACGAACUGAUAACGUAUGAAGCUCUGCGGCUGUGCGAGGAAGGGAAAGGGGGAGAGUUUGUGGACGCAGGGCUCAAUACGUACGGGGGGCAGGUGGUGGUGAACCCUAGUGGUGGACUGAUCGCGAAGGGCAACCCUAUCGGCGCGACCGGGCUAGGGCAGUGCGCCGAGCUCGUGUGGCAACUGCGAGGGGAAGCGGGGGCACGACAGGUGCCGAACGCGCGUAUUGGACUACAACACAACCUUGGCCUGGGCGGCGCCGUCGUAGUCGCCAUCUAUCGAAAAACAUUUGACAAGAACCAAGGCGACUCUUCUAAUCCUCAAACAGGCAAAACUACGGAAGAUAGAAAAAUUCGCGCCAAAAUUUAAAUUUGGUUACAACGCCAUCUUUUGUCUAGCGCUGACAAAUAACAAAUAUUUUAUUCGUAACAUAAUUUAUUUUGUAGUGACA